GCGUUUAGAUUGGGGACCAUGUCAGGAGAGAGUGGGAGAGUACCUUUGCGCACGGCCGAGUAGGACAGCAACAUCUUUAACGAGCGUUAAUGAUGCACGCGGCGAAUCAACCAGAUCAGUUUUGUUUUGGGGCGUUGUCAUAUACACUCCACAGUGGUGUGUGAUACACAGAUCUGUCAGACACCGACACAGUGUGUGUGUGUGCGCGCGUGUGUGUGUAUGAAAGAAAGAGAGAGAGAGAGAGAGAGAGAGAGAGAGAGAGAGAGAGAGAGAGAGAUCCCUCAGUCAGAAAACUUCUGCGCUUACCAGCUGAGAUCUUUACUGCGAGCGGCACGUUGUUGCCAGCCACUGCUACAAGUCGACAUACGGAGCUGUCACGGCGAACCGAGCCCAUCGCCGUCCACAGUGGUGCUGCUCAUUGCUAACUAGGCUGCCUCCAAGCCCACAGGUUAUUGGCCAGCUUCCGUGGGAUUUGAUGUCACCUUUAGAUUGGUUCAACUGAAGAUGGAAACACUGGAGUCUGAGCUGACCUGCCCGAUCUGCCUGGAGUUGUUUGAAGAUCCCCUGCUCUUGCCCUGCGCCCACAGCCUGUGCUUCAACUGCGCACACCGCAUCCUGGUGUCUCAUUGCUCUACCAGCAAGCCCCUUGAGUCCAUCUCGGCCUUUCAGUGCCCCACCUGUCGUUACGUCAUCACGCUGAAUCACCGCGGCCUGGAGGGCCUUAAGCGCAAUGUGACGCUGCAGAACAUCAUUGACCGCUUUCAAAAGGCCUCCCUUAGCGGCCCCAACUCCCCCACAGAGAGCCGGCGCCUGCAGCCGCAGCGGCCCUACACCGCCACCAUUAGCGGUACAAUAGCUGGAACAAUUGGCGGCGGUGGUGGCACAAGUGGAAGUAGCGCCCGCGGCAGCCCGGCCACUUCCAGCCACUCCCACCCGCACGCCAACCACACCAAUCACACCAACCACACCAACGCAAACCACAGCCCAGCUGUCGUUGCUAAAAUGGAUCCACGUAUCAGCUGCCAGUUCUGCGAGCAGGAUCCGCCGCGUGAGGCUGUCAAGACGUGUGUCACGUGUGAGGUAUCGUACUGCGACCGAUGCCUGCGUGCAACACACCCCAACAAGAAGCCAUUCACCAGCCACCGCCUGGUGGAGCCGGUACCGGACACUCACAUUCGUGGGCUGACCUGCCUGGAGCACGAGAAUGAGAAGGUCAACAUGUACUGCUUGGUGGACGACCAGCUCAUUUGUGCUCUCUGCAAGCUGGUUGGGCGCCACCGGGAGCACCAAGUGUCCUCACUCACUGAACGCUUUGAUAAACUCAAGGCUUAUCAGGUGAGCCCGGGCAGAGUGUCAGAUGCGGUAAUGGAGGCUUCAAAGACAAGCGCUGCGCAAACCCUGGAGAACAACCUGACAAACCUGGUUAAGAGGAACAGUGAACUGGAGAAUCAAAUGGCCAAGCUGAUCCAGAUCUGUCAACAAGUGGAGGUGAACACAGCCAUGCAUGAAGCCAAGCUGGUGGAGGAGUGUGAUGAGCUAGUGGAGAUCAUCCGCCAGAGAAAACAGGUCAUCGCUGUGAAGAUCAAAGAGUCCAAGGUGAUGAAACUGCGUAAGUUGGCACAGCAGAUUGCAAACUGUCGCCAAUGUCUGGAGCGCUCUAGUGCCCUCAUCACACAAGCCGAACAGAGCCUGAAGGAGAACGACCACGCUCGCUUCCUGCAGACCGCCCGAAAUGUAGCAGAACGGGUUGCCAUGGCGACGGCCUCCUCCCAGGUACUCAUCCCUGACGUCAACCUGAAUGAGGCAUUUGACAACUUUGCCCUGGACUUUUCCCGAGAAAAGAAGAUCCUGGAAGGACUAGAUUACCUAACAGCUCCCAACCCGCCAUCCAUAAGAGACGAGCUGUGCACCGCUUCCCAUGACACCAUCACUGUCCACUGGACUUCAGAGGAUGAGUUCAGCGUCACCUCCUACGAGCUGCAGUACACCAUCUACACUGGCCAGACAAAUUUCAUCAGUUUGUACAACUCUGCAGACAGCUGGAUGAUCGUACCAAACAUCAAGCAAAACCACUACACGGUGCACGGCUUGCAGAGUGGCACCCGUUACAUCUUCUUUGUCAAGGCUAUCAACCAGGCAGGAAGCCGCAACAGUGAGCCAGCCCGCCUCAAAACUAACAGUCAACCCUUUAAGUUGGACCCAAAGACGGCCCACAAGAAGCUGCGUCUGUCCAACGACUGUCUGACCAUGGAGAAGGAUGAGAGCUCGCUGAAGAAGAGCCACACACCGGAGCGGUUCAGCGGAACGGGCUCCUAUGGUGCAGCUGGUAAUGUCUUCAUUGACAGCGGUUGCCACUACUGGGAGGUUCUACUGGGAGCGUCCACAUGGUAUGCCAUCGGCGUGGCUUACAAAUCAGCCCCGAAAAAUGAAUGGAGUGGCAAGAACUCAUCCUCGUGGGUGUUCUCGCGCUGCAACAACAACUUUAUGGUGCGCCAUGACGGCAAGGAGAUGCUGGUGGAGGCAAGUCUGCAGCUGAGGCGGCUGGGUGUUCUGCUGGAUUAUGACAACAAUUCACUGUCCUUCCAUGAUGCCAUGAACUCCCAGCACAUUCACACCUUUGAAAUCUCCUUCCUCCUUCCUGUUGUACCCACUUUCAUGAUCUGGAACAAGUCGGUCAUGAUACUCUCAGGGCUACCUGUCCCUGACUUUGUCGAUGGUUUGGCCUCCGAUCUUCAAGAGCAGCAACAGCAGCAGAUGGGCCUGUGCCGACAAGAGUCACCAUACUUGACGGGGAUGAAGACCUGCCACUGAGAAAGGCCCACUAAUGGCCUAGCAGAGUCCACUCAGGCCCAGUGACUGAAAGGUUGAUUGGGAGCUGAAUGAGAUUGAUAGUGUGACUGAGUUCUGCUCUAUCCUCUGCAUUAAGAGUGGACCAGUUACUUUCUUAUGGAUUUAGAAGGUGUUGGAAAUAUGCACAUCAGUCUGGAAAAAUGAGUCCUGUUAGUUUGUAGCCAUCCAACGCUUUGCAAAUCCAUCAGUGAAUGGGAACAAGGUCUGUUAACUGCAAACGGCAGUAGACCUAAAAUUCAUCUGAUGCCCUGGAAUCACUGAGGGCAGGGCUGGACAUCUGGUUUUCUUGACCAUUUAAGGUCUUCCUUUUUGAUUUAUUUUGUUUGACCCUGGACAGAAAACCAAGGAGGGAAUGUUCUCUUCAGCCAUUUACAGUUUGAAGUUACAACAUGUGAACAGCAGUUACUCUGUGUCUCAUCUGAGGGAGAUUUUAAAAAGAAAACAGAUUCAGACAUACAUAUUUAUGUCUAUCUAUGUACUACUAAAUUUAACAAAAACCAAAAUUUGAUUUGACACAACUUUCUUGGCAACACUUUGAUGAUCGGUACCACUUUCAUGUCUGUAUGCUAAAUACGAAGCCAAAGCCAGCAGUUGGGUUAGCUUAGCAUCGCGUAAGGAUGGGAUGGUUUCCAGCCUGAUAGCUCUGUCACAUUUCUUCCUGUAAAACCACAACAAUAUCAAUUUUACAUUUCUCUUUUUUAUGGUUUAAACAAACAAGAUACAACGUGUACGUUUGUGAAUUUAGGUGGACUUUGGACAGCGCAUGGCUAGCUGUUUCUAGUGCUAAGCUAACUGCCUGCUGGCUAGAGACAUGAGAGUGGCAUUAAUAUUCUCAUCUAACUUUCUCAUCGACUUUAUUCCUUUAAAUGUGGAUGUGUCUUCCUUGAGUCCACUUUAUUGUACGAGCUAGAUGCUAUUAUCUUGCUAAUGCGAAUACAUGCUAGCUGUGGACUUUUUGUGUUGCAUUACUACAGGGUGCGUUACAAAUCUUCUGGUGUCACUGUUCAUGUGUUGUACCCUCAGUCGCUGUAAGUGGUCGUUGCUAAAGUCUUUUUGACGCAGCAGUCCUGUUUGUAUUGCCGUGUCGUUGCUUCCAAGUUUCAGGAAGUGUUAACGUUGCUCCCAGAUAUGAAGAUCACAGGGGGUAGAUUUGCAUCAUGUGACUACUCGACUUGUAUAAUAAGAGGUUUAUUGAAUAUUAGAGGAAAAAGUGUUAUUUAUGACAAAAAAGAUGGUUUACUUUUAUUAUUAAUCUCAACAUAUUCAUGAUGCACUUUUUAAUUAACACUAUUUCCCCUCUAUGAGUAUGAAAGUAGAGCGAUGUUGCAGGGAUAUAAUGGGGAGGGAAAGUGACAAAUGGCACUACUGCUGGUUGUGUUCAUUCGUCUGAAAAUCAACUUAUUCUCUAACUCAUAUUUAGAAAUUUAUUUAUGGUCAAUAAUUCAUAAUAAUAACCUAAUGUUAAUAACCAUAAUAAUAAAGUGUAUUGCAAUAAAACACUAUUAAAACUAACAUUUUGUUUUGCUAACACCUAAUCUGUGCACUAAAAGCAAUGAAAUCCUACAGCCCCUGCUGUAAAGUUAAAAAUGUUUUUUUUCACUGUGCUAUGAACACAACCAGUGACUUUCCCUCCUCAGGUCUCUCUUUAUAGCAUAUAGUAACUUUAUCUUGUUUAGAAAAGGGAUAUGAUUAUGAUGACGUUUAUGCGCUUUUUAUCAUGAUGAAAUGGUAAACUAAUAGCUGUUUUUAAAAAAAGUUCACUCUGUUGUCGACUAUUCAGGGAAGGAGGGGGUUAACACUUUAACUUGCUGUCUGUCGCAAUGUCAUGGCAUGAUUGUGUUUUCCUCUGUGAUUUUGAACACACACACACACACACAUGCACACACAUCAUGUUUUGCUUAAGUUGGCCUUGUCGUGAUAAAUGCAUGAAACAUUGUAGGAUCCCACACCGGUUCACUGGGUAAUUUAAAUAGCCUAACAGCUUUUGUUUUUCAUCAGAUACUGACUCACCUGCACAUUUGCUUACAACAUACUGGACCUCAAACUCUUUUUGUCAUCACUAUUCAAAUAACAGCAAUUGCUGGAUCCAUUGUUUGGUUUUUAUUUGGAUUUGAAGGCCUAGUGUGGGUGACAGUUUUACUCUAGACUGAUAUUCAGGUAGCGGCUCUGAUUCAGACAAUCAAAUAUGUAUCAUAGUUUAUGCAGAUUUAAUAGGUCGUGUAGCAGGAAACUGUGGGAGGGAAAGAUGGUGACAAAGUGAAACGUGAAAUGUGUUGAAAAAAACAGAUGUUUUAUAUACCAUCUCGAUUUGACAUGAAAACCUCAUGGCCGUUUUCACUCUUUUUACACAUCACCUGAUAUGUACGUAAUGUUGAAUGUCAUGUAACAUUUAUAUUGACCGGCUAUGAUUUACUUGCCUUGAAAAAAAGGCAACACACAGAAUGAUCAUUUGCCAGAAAACGUAGAGCAGAGGUCCACUGAUGAAAAAUUCUCAACUAUGGAAAGGUAGCAAAAUUAGGGCAACUGUGUGAUGCGUCAGCCAUGAUUGUUUGAUAGAGAUAUCGAUUGCCUGAGCGCAACAGGCAACCUCAGAUAAUCCACUGGUCAAAGGUAACACAGGAGGAGCACCAGUAUGAGGGUUAUUUUCUUUCUGUCAGGGAGAUUAGUGAAUGUUACCUGACUUCCAGAUAUCCACCCAUCUUGCUGAAUAAUGUCGGUCAUAGGCUCCAAACGGCCAUGUGUUGAUUUGUGAUCCAGACUGACAAGCUCAACUCAUCUGUGCAAGUGUGCUUGGCUGGGUCACUGCAUGAUUAUGUGACCUUGCUACAUGUUCAUAACUCUUUUCUUAACUUCAUGAUGGAGAUUCUUAUCUUGUGUCAAGCAUAUUCUCUCUUUUCUUUUUUGCAAAAAAAAUAAACCAUGACAAGAACACAAAUGUUCAUUGCCAUGCAUAUCAGAUAGUUUGCAGUGCUCUUUCUUUCUUUGUGUCACAAGUCAAUACAGUAAAAUAUAUACAGUGAAUGAUUUUCAAUAGCUACCCACGCCUUGUAGUGCAGUGUAAUACCCUAGAGACAAUAAAAUAGAUUUUUGCUUUUCUGUUUGUGUAACUUGGGAAAUAAUUUUUUACAACUCAUGAGAAACACGCUCCUCUCCUUUUGGCAUUUGGACCUUAAUAAACAGCACAAAAAAAAGCAGCGUUGCAUUCAUGCAAGGCUUUGUUUCCAUAGAUAUGAGAGAUGAUUUUAGCCAGAGAGGAAUGUAAAUCAUAGGGGGAAAUAUAUAUUAUAUAAAGUUGUAUAAUAUACAAAAUAUAUAUGAACCAAUGUUAUUUAUGUGAAUUUAAGUCCAAUUAAAAGUCUGAUCCCAAA